GACUGUACAUAUGACAAGCCUCUCACUGCUCUCAUAAUCCCCUCCAUCUGGUCGCGUCUUGUGAGACCUCAGUCCUCCUUCGACUCACGCAGAGAUCGUAGUGUCCUCGUUCUCCUUGUCCUCCUUCGAGGGUCACCUUUAUCCACGGUCCUACGUCUGGAGUCCUUAGCCCAGUGCGGCGGCGGUGUGGGAGGAAGCGCAUACACCUGCAGGAAGCGUCCUCGUGUUGGCCAGGCUGUCUGCACAUGCGCCUGCGGGGUCAGUGCGUCCAAGGAAGGAAAGGAAAAGCAUCCCGUCGGUGGCAUCCCUGACGGCACGCGAGCUGAGGUUACGCGCGGGGCUCUCCUGAUACGCCAGGUCCUUUUAUUGGUGAUAUCUGAUUCGUUCUUCGCGCGCGCGUGUGUGUGUAUUCUUUGAUAAAAUAAGUGAAACGUGAACAGGCGCAAAUGAGGAGGGAGUCGAUCUUGCGCAACCUUCGUCUCGUGAUUGCACAUCCUGUGUCUCUCCUUCGUAUCGAAAUCCACGUCGAAGAUAUUUGAGAGUUGGUUCCCAUUUUUUCGAAUACCUUGAAAAGAAAAGGAGUCAUUUUUGUACCCACUAGAUCGCGAUAACGACCCCCCCUUCCCCACCCCACCCCUCCACGCCCCUCCGCCUCGUGGAGUCGUCGGCGGCCGCCCUUCAAUUGCCGCCGCAGCCGAGACGAUGUGUCCGACCGCAAGGAUGUAGUGGCGCCGACGAGAACCUGCUCCAGAACACGAAAUCCUUCUCUUCCUCCUCCUCGCCCUCGCUGUGUCCUGCAGUGGUAGAAUCCCCGCGUCAGGAUGGUGCUGGUGGAGCUACUAGCGGGCCUUCGGGGACUCGUGAAGGUGAAACACGACGCGGACAUCCACAGCGCCAUUUUCAAGCUGCAUUUUCGACUCACGGCGACCAUGCUCUUCUGCUUCUGCCUUCUGGUCACCGCCAACAGCCUCGUCGGGGACCCCAUCAACUGUGUGCACGACGACAACCCAAAACUGAAGGAUAAAGUUGUAAAUACGUAUUGUUGGAUCCACACCACUUUCACGCUGCCAAAACACAUCGACAAGGGCUAUGGGAAAGGGACGGGCGUGGCAUACCCUGGCGUUGGUCCUCUCUACCCGACUGAUACCAAGACGUACCACGCCUACUACCAGUGGGUGCCGUUCGUUCUCUUUCUGCAGGGCCUGAUGUUCUACGCCCCGCACUGGCUCUGGAAGACGUGGGAGGGCGGGAAGCUGGAGUCCAUCGUCAUGGGGCUCUCCAUCCCCGUCAUGAACAAGGAGGAACGCCACGAGAAGAUCCACCUGCUGGCCGACUACCUCCACGCCUCCCUCCACCACCACAACUUCUACGCCAUCAAGUUCUUCCUGUGCGAGCUGCUUAAUUUAGCGAACUGUUUGUUCAACAUGUGGUUCAUGAACGAGUUCCUGGGCGGGAUGUUCUUCACGUACGGCAUCGACGUGCUGGCCUUCACGGAGACCAACCAGGAGGAGCGCACGGACCCCAUGAUCGUGGUGUUCCCGCGGGUCACCAAGUGCUCCUUCAACAUGUACGGGCCGUCGGGCACCAUCGAGACCCACGACCUCAUGUGCGUGCUCGCGCUCAACAUCAUCAACGAGAAGAUCUACGUCUUCAUGUGGUUCUGGUUCGUCAUCCUGGCCAUCAUCAGCACCAUGGCGCUCAUCUACCGGCUCCUCGUGUUCUGCGUCCCCGCCAUCAGGUCGGGGCUGCUGCAGAAGCGCGCGAGGCUGCGCUACAAGAACAGCAUCGACGCCGUCUCGCGCAGGCUGCAGGUCGGCGACUUCUUCCUGCUGUACCUCCUGAGCAAGAACGUGGAGCUGCUCUCCUUCAGCUCCCUCAUGGAGGAGCUGUCCCUCCGGCUGAGCAACCGCCGCGUCCACCCCGACCUGGACGUGUCGCCGCCCCCCGUCCAGCCCGAGCGGUUCCACCUCAUGAACGAGAACGCAUGACAAUCGGCCGCCCUCGAGGACACCUGCAGGAGGGACGAGGACUCCGCGAAGGCCGAAGACAAGGUGGACCCCGAGGGCUGCUGUGGCAAGCUGUGCAGAUGCGUUCCCUGCAAGUGAGCGCCUCUGCCUCGAGACCGUCGG